CCCUGUGGCAAGUGCUGCCAAUAAAUUCUACUGUCAGUUGUGCUGUUAUGGCUGUCCGAUUUCUGGCGUAGAAAAUAAAUAGGGAGCUCGGAAAAAAUUGUGUUAAGAAUGGCUGCCGUUUUCCGUGUAGGCUUUGUACGCCUGUGUGGCCGUAAUGCAACUCCUGCAUUGCUGAAUACGCAGUCGGUGUCGCCGAUGGCUUUAACGCAGAAGUGCACAAUUAUGGGUAAAUCUAUGCGUGGUGGUCCUCGCAUACCAAAUGCACCUCCAUAUCCAUACAAGGAGAAGCGGUACACUGUACUCAAUUCGUUAUUUGAUAAAACAUCGAAGCGCAUGGACGAAAAUUCUAAAGUCAUCUGUGUUGAAGGACCUAUUGGCGCUGGCAAGAGCAAAUUUGCCAAAGAGUUGGCUGAUGAAUUGGAAAUGUGCUACUUUCCCGAAGUCAACUUGGACUUGAUAUAUAUCAACUCCUACGGAUACGAUAUGCGAAAGUUAGAUCCGCAGCUGCCAGAACUGUGUCGUUCCUACGAUGUGACGAAUUUCUGUCGUGAGCCCAAUCAUCCUUUGGCCGCACAGUUCCAAAUUCGCAUGUACAUGCUGAGAUAUUCACAGUACAUAGAUGCCUUGCAACAUAUUCUUUCAACUGGUCAAGGUGUUGUUUUGGACCGUAGCUGUUAUUCAGAUUUCGUGUUCUUAGAAGCGAUGCAUAGAAAUGGUUACAUUUCUCGUGGUGCCUAUUCGGUAUACCACGAGAUUCGUGAAAAUACCAUUGGAGAACUUCUUAAGCCGCAUUUGGUAAUCUAUUUAGACUGUCCAGUCGAUGCCGUAAAGCAACGUAUUAAAGCUCGCAACAUUGACUACGAAGUCAAUUCUAAAGUGUUCACCGAUGCCUACUUAAAGGAUAUUGAAACAUUCUAUAAACAGCACUUCCUUAAAGAUAUCAGCAACCAUGCAGAAAUCUUAGUCUACGAUUGGACUGCUGGCGGAGAGACCGAAGUUGUUGUCGAAGAUAUCGAACGAAUUGAUUUUGGACAGUUCGAAAUUGAUCACCAUAAUAAGAAAAUGAAGGAUUGGCGUUUCCCGCUCGAAGCGGAGUGGUGUGAGGCGCGCAUUAAGUACUGUAACGAAAAGAGUACUUUGAUGAAUUAUUUCAAUGUACCACGCUACGACGUUCCGGAAUUGGUGCGCGACGCUGAAAGCGGCAAAAUUUGGCGCGAUGUGUGGUACAACGCGCCUGGCAUGAAAUAUCGUCCUGGCUAUAAUGAAGAUAUGGGAGAUACAGGUUUGCUUACUAAAACAACUAUCGGUAUCAAUCAACCAUUCUAAGCUGUCGCCAAUUAUUUGUUAGUCAAAUAUUAAUAAAAAGAAAAGAACCGAAUGAAAUGAAAUGCUGUAUAAUAAGUAGCUAUGAAAAGAAUGCGAAAGGUAAAUAAAAUCCUGUAUUCAAAAAUGAUUUCUAUCGAAAACCAUGGUACUGAUCUGUUCAAUGUUUUUUAAAGGUUAAAAAGAAAAUAAUGUGUAGAAUAAUAAAUUAAAAUGCUGUUGGCGACUGUUUGUUGAA